GUCUUCUUUAAAGCAUUAACAUAGAGCUGGCUGGGCUCCUUUUGGGAGUGAAGGAAUCCCAGGCCAUGCUCCUGCAACCUGUCCAUUGACCUCACUGAGGAGAGACGCGUGCAAGGACUGCGUGAUCCAGCCCGUAACAGGACUGGAGCUGCAGAUGAGGACAACGGAGUUCUUGAUAUUGAAGCCGGAUCCUCCCUGCUGUUGAGCAACUGCAACUCCCAGCACUGAGAAGCAAAGGAGCUCCAGGAUUGAGUCCACUGCUUCCCACAGGCAAAGGCUUGUAUCAGAUGCAGCUGUGUGGGCGUUGUUCUCCGCUGGGCAUUGGGAUGGCAGCCAGGCCCGCCGGAAUCCCUGUGCCAUGCUUGAGAUAGUGACAGCGUCACUUGCCCCAUGUCCUGUGUGCCAAGGCCAAGCUUUUACCCUCUGUUCCCCUCUCUUCGUGGCACCCUGCUGAUCUGACCGCUCUGUUCUUCUGUGAUCUCUUCCCAGGCCCUGGUCUUAAGGGGAUGCCAUUGGGUUUUUUGUUUUGGUUUUUUUUUGUUUGUUUGUUUUUUUUUUUUAAAAAACAUCAAAUCAAAGGCCAUAUCAAGAUGAUGCAAAGGGCACCGUCCCACCUCAAAACCAAGAGGAUUGUGUGGUUUAAAAGAAAAAAAAUCCAGCCUUUAACUCUUUAUUUGUUCAGCUUGGACUGUGGAGGCAGCUGAGUUGGCAUCCCUAUUUGGGUCUAGUCAGUUUCACUGCCCUGUUCUCCUGCACUAGCAGGAUGCUGCAGCCGCUGGGGUACAAAUAUGAUGGGAGAAAACUAUUUCUGGGGUGGGACAUAACUACAAAGGAAAUGGUCUUAAAAAUCCUGAACCUUUCUGUCUCUUCAGCUCUGUAAAACCCUGGGCCAGAUCCUCAACUGGUGCAAAUUAAUGUAACCCCCAUGACUUCAUUGGCAUCUUGUUGACCUACACCAGCUGAGGAUCAGGCUGAAUGUUUUUACCCAAUUUAAACUACAGGGAUGCUUCAGGCCCCUGGUUAAUCUCCUGUUUAAAAGCAGCCCAGGGCUGGCGUGAUCCAGUGCCAACACCCAUAAAGAGAAGGCCACGCAACUGGGAGACUCCCACAUGUGGCUGGGGGGAAGUGCCUGGUGUGCUAAUGUUGCCUCAAGCAAGUUACCUGUUUUUGUUUUGUUCCCCUUUCUGUCUAUUUAAAAACUGCUCUUGAAUUGCCAAGACCAUCUGUCAUCAAUGAUGCCAGUGAAAACGUGGCUUGUGAUUUAACUUUCCUCCUUUCCUCCUCCUUUCCUCCUCUUCCUUCCUCCCUUGCUCACUCUUCACUUGUGAACUGGAAUUGAAAGAGCUUAAGGAAAUACUUCACAAUGUCCCUGGUUCCCCCUGUGGGCCUGUAGAGAGGUGACCUGCUUCCCUCUCGCAGGUGCCUACAAUUGAGGCUACAAAUUCUCCGGCCCGAGGGUUGUGUUCUGCACUGUCUUUUUUUUUAUUCUGAAUUUGGCCUGCGGGUGGCUGUUCAGCUAGGAGAAGGAGCGGUUCCUGGCCCCGGAGAGCUGAUCCUGAGAAGGGUCGACCACCUACGACUGCUCUUUGUUGGCACCUCUCAGAAUUGGGCCCCGAGUCAGCCAAGGUAACGGUUUAAAUGCAAGGCCACGUGGUGACCUGACCCAGCGGGCACCUGAGGGCCGCAGUGUGGCCACGUGAGGAAAGGGAGGCGAUGUGACACAUUCAGCCCAGAGCAGGGGGGAGCUGUCCGCAGUGCACUGAAUGUCACCGCUCCUUCCCGCCCCCUUGUGGACUCAGCCCCACUGCUCUGGGGGGCGGGGGUGUAUGGGACAACCCUGCUCCCCACUCAGGGGCUGCGUGUCUGACCAGAAAGUCUCCCUGGGCUGUUGUAGGCUUGUUCUACCCCCAGACUGCUUAAACUCCUGCCAUCCAGCAACAGGCUACUGGCUCUAAACGCCACCGGCCCCAGAUGGAACAUGAUGCUGCAGAAACUUCUGCUUACUGCCAGGGUAAGUAUCCCCGUUAUUUAUAGCAUGGCCUGGUUUGCUCUUCUGAAUAAACAAGGGGAGGGGUUUGUGCUUAUACCCAUAUUCGCAAGCCUGAGGGAGGUGGCAGGGGGCACUAAUCUGCUGCCCGUCCCAGAGGCAAGGAGGCUUCCCUGGCUAAGCCCUGUCCCACAGAGGCAAGAGAAUGUCUAGGGAGACCUUCACGUUCACUUCCUCCACCCUGCGCGCCCUGCGCCUGCAGAGAGAGCGGCUGGAGUGGGAGGAUCGUCGGAGGGCUCUCUCGAGGCAAUGCCUGACCAGGAGGUUCCCACCGGCCACCAGCAGCUCCCUGCUCCCGAAGCCCGCCCGGCGUCCCCAAUACUGCCGGGACCCUGCUGUCCACAACGUCCUGUACACCGGGGACCUGCAGACCAUCAAGAGCAUCUUCAAAGACGAAGCUGUCACGAACGUGAUCGUGGAGACGGUCAGCGAGGAGCUGAUGUGGUCGGCAGAGCUGGGGUUGUGGGUGCUGAGCCCUCAGAAGAAGCACACGUCCCCCUUGCGGAUCGCAGCGGCCAGAGGCUAUCGGGACUGCAUGAAGCACCUGAUUCUGCAAGGGGCAGAGGUUGACGCUGUGGUGGGCGGGAAGGCCGCCCUCCAUGACAGCUGCAUCCACCAACGUGCUGAAUGUGCCCAGCUGCUCCUGAGCUACGGUGCCAAUGCCAACGUGCUGUCGGAGGAGGGGCUGGCCCCGCUGCAUCUCUGCACCUCCCUGGAGACCUUGCGGUGCGCCGAGCUGCUUCUGGAGCACGGGGCCCUGGUGAACCUGAGCACCAGGGACCGGCGGACAACCCCGCUGCACGUGGCCGCCGAGCACGGCCUGGAGCCCCACCUGCAGCUCUAUCUGUGCUACGGGGCCGCCCUUGCCCACCAGAACCGGGAAGGGGAGACGGCCCUCAAUGCCGCCUGCGCCAGCGCCGACAAGCCUGCCGAGGCCGAGCGCUACUACCGGGUGGCCAAGCGGCUGCUGGAGUGCGGGGCCGACGUCAGGACGGCCGGCAGGAAGAACCACACCCCCCUCCACAAUGCCUGCGGCAACUGCCACCCCCACCUGGUGGAGCUGCUGCUCCAGCACGGGGCUGCCGUGAACAUCAGCAACUGCGCCGGCUACACACCCAUGGACUGCGCCCUGCAGGCGGUGGAGGAGUACCUGGAUGGGCAGCCCGAGAGCAUCAUAGCCACCUUACUGGAUCACGGGGCGGCAGCCAUCAACCCCAAGAUGCUGAAGUUCUGCUCCUUGGCCCCUCGUGCCCUGGAAGUCGUGCUGAACUCCUACGACCGGAUCCUGUCCUGCGAUUCCUGGGUGGAAGUGGUGCCUCCGGAGAUGUGGCAGGAGCACAAGACGUUUUAUGACUCUGCUCUCCAGAUGACGAACCAGCCCCGCCAGCUGCAGCACCUGGCGCGCUGCGCUGUGCGAAAGCACCUGGGAGCGCGGUGCCAUUCCGCCAUCCCCGAACUCAAACUGCCCCCGUCUCUGCGGGAUUAUCUGCAGCUCCCUCUUGAGGGCUACAUCCGGUGAAAGGGAAGAUGCAUCCUUUGGGCGUGAUCUUUGGGGAAUAGCUUUGAAUUGCUGACGAGUGACUGGAGAGAGCCAGACUGAGAUCCCAACACACCAGGGGCCAUGUUCUGUCAUUGACUCAUGCUGAGUAGUAGCCCUGUGGGCUACUUAUAGAGUAAAUUGCUGCUCAGCGUGAGUGAGGUUGGCAGAAUCUAGCCCUUUCUGAAUAUACUUUUAUAACCGGGCUUGGCUUGUGCUAGCACCAGUUUCCACCCCGCUCUACUGCAUAUAAUAGGAGGACAAAGGAUGGUCAAUGAAAUUCAAAAGCGGCAUACUUAAAACUGACACAGCAGAAUAUUCUUCCCCAUGCAGUACCUAGUUAGUCAGUGGAACUCGCUGCCACAAGAGAUCAUUGAAGCUAAGAGCUAAGCAGGACUCAAAGGAAGGACGGGACAUUUCACUAGAGAACAAGGAAAUGCUGAGGUAGAAUAGCAAAGCCUUCUAAAAUAUAAGAGUCUUCAUAUAUUUAAAUCCUUUCUGCUUCAGGCCAUGAGCCAAAUGCUGACUAAGGGGGUCAGGAAGAACGUCUCGCUCUGAGGGGAACGGGGAACAUUUCUUCCUUGUCCCUGGGGCAGGUCCUCCCACAGCAGCCUUCUGCUGGGUUUUCUGCACCUUCCUCUGAAGCAGCUGAUACUGCCCCCUGCUGGACACAGGACAUUAGGCUGGAUGCACUGGUCUGAUUGAUGUCCCUGUGGGUUUUUUGUUUUUUAAACCCUUCUUUCUAAAUACCAAGAACUGGGGUCAGAAACUCCAGUCUUGGGGAUGCCAGUACCCUCCGUGGACCCAAAACGAUGCCCUGGUUACAAAGGGGCCAGCAGCUGAAAAGCACAAAACAUGAACACAGAUGGAAUCUGCCGCCAGGUUUUGCAAUGCCUGUGGUUGAGGCCUGAUGCCCGUGGUGUGUGCCCCUUCCAAGCUGGAGCACUCUUAAAUUCAGGACUGUGGUGUAAAGACCUAAAUGGACAGAGCCCUAGGGAGUACCAGCCCAGAAGCACAUCUUGUCCUGUGUCCAAGAAUGGCCAGUUCCAGCUCAUUCCAGAAGAGGGGUCAAGGAUACCCCCAGUGACCAAUAAUGGAAUAACCUCCCCAUAGGGGAAGUUUCCUCCUGACCCCUCUGGUGGUUUAUUCCUUGAAGCAGGAGUGUUUUUAAAAAUACCCAGCUCUCCAUCUGUAAAUCUCAAAGCAGUUUACAAAGGCAGGUCUGCUUCAUUCCCCAGCUGUAAAGGGGGUAAACUGAGGCAUGGGGCAGUGUAAGUGACUUGCCCAAGGUCAGUGGUAGAGCUGAGAAUCUAUCCCUGCUCUCCAGUCCACUGCUCUAGCCACUAGAACACACUGUAGCCUUUCCAAGGGAUUUUAAAAACAACCUUCUAAUGUAGCUAUGGAUGUUAUCGUUAUCCAGUCUUUUAACUUGAAUCUUGAUUAUGUAUUUUAAUCUCAUGAGCUCAAAAACUGCCUGCAGUUUGCAGGAAAACAUUCUGUUCUGCUUUUGCACUUUAGGGGCAGCCUGCAUUAGUAGUUUCCCCAUGUAAAAUAAAAAGCUACAGCAAAUAUAUUUUAAAACAAGUUUAAAUCUUUUCCUGCAUUGCUGUGGGGUAGGCCUGGGUCUGUAUGGUCCCUUGCUAAUGAGGAUACCCUUAGGAGUUCCUCAGGUGUUCACCUAAGUGCUCUCCUCUGCAGCUUCGAUGCUGGUGUCAUCAACAGUUGCAUUAUGAGAAGGAAAGUCACCAGAGGUGGGCAGUAGAAGCCAUUAGAUGCAGAGGCAGGAUUGCCUUUCAAGGGAGAGGCUGCAUAAGCUGGAAAUGUUUCACCUUGCACCGAAGAAAGUCGGAGGGCAGCCCCUGGAGAUAGUUACAGGUCCCAAACCAAAAGCGCUGUUACUAAUACUCCCUGGGCCCUCUCCAAGCCCUUUACAAAUGUGAGAAAGCAGGACCUCAUUUAGCCAAGCAAACCAAUGGGACAAUUGGGAAUAGAAGCCAGGAUUGCUCUGCUUUCCUUUUUAAAAGGGUGUGAAUAUUUUGCCCUUUUAGACACCUGUAUUGGCCUUAAAAAACAAACCAGCCUAGAACCCUGCUCCAGUGGCAG